UUUCGACAUGGCGUCGCUCGCACAGUAACGACGGCCAGUACGAAGUAGUCACACUCAUUUUCGCAGCAACAAUAUCUCCCACAAUGCGGGCCUCCACGACGACGGCGAUGACAAAGCCGCCCCGCGAGCCGGCUAGGCGCAGCUUUACCGUCACGGCUGAGAAGCAGCAGCCGCCGGCGCAGGCGGACCACGACCAAGAUCACUUCUUCUGGACGUAUACUGAGGAGCCGCACCGCACACGGCGCAUGGCUAUUAUCAAGGCCCAUCCAGAGGUCACCAAGCUCUGCGGCCCCGAGCCCCUCACCAAAUACGUCGUCCUGCUCGUUGUAUCCAUCCAGAUCGCCUGUGCUGUCCUCCUGCGCGACACGCCCUUCCUGUCGUGGCGCUUCUUCCUCACCGCCUACGUCGUCGGCGCCACGGCCAACCAGAACCUGUUCCUCGCCAUCCACGAGAUCUCGCACAAUCUGGCCUUCCGUGCGCCGCUGGCCAACCGCCUCAUCGCCGUCUUCGCCAACCUGCCCAUCGGCAUCCCGUACAGCGCCUCGUUCCGCCCGUACCACCUCACCCACCACAAGUCGCUUGGCGUCAACGGCCUCGACACGGACCUGCCCACGGCCUUUGAGGCCUGGUUUCUCGACUCGGUCGCCGGCAAGGCCUUCUUCUGCACCUGCCAGAUCCUGUUCUACGCCCUGCGGCCCAUGUUCAUCUACAACCUGCCGCUGACCAAGAUGCACCUCUUCAACAUCGUCGCUCAGCUGGCCUUCGACUACGCCCUCGUGCGCUUCGCCGGGGCACGCGCCCUGGCCUACUUGAUCCUGAGUAGCUUUCUGGCCGGCUCGCUGCACCCCUGCGCCGGCCACUUCAUCGCCGAGCACUACGUCUUCGAGAAGCCGGGGCAGAAAGACGCCACCAACCCCGCCAGCAACCUCCCUGUCCCGGAGACGUACUCGUACUACGGCGUGCUCAACCUGCUCACGUAUAACGUCGGCCUGCACAACGAGCACCACGACUUCCCCGCCGUGCCGUGGACCCGCCUGCCCCAGCUGAACCGGAUUGCGCACGAGUUCUACGACGACCUGCCCGUGCACAAGAGCUGGGUCUACGUCAUGUGGCAGUUUGUCAUGGACAAGGACAUCAGUCUGUGGUGCCGCGUGAAGCGCGAGGAGGGCGGGCGCAAGGUCGGCGCUGGCGCUGGCAGCCGCUGGAGCGAGGAGGAGCUCGGCAGCAACGAGAAGAAGGGCCGCAUUCCUGGGGUGUUUUGAUCGUUCGGCUGUACGUGAUUUGCGUGCGUUGGCGUUUUGGCGGUGCGAUAUUAAGGGUUUUUAUAAUCGAUUUUGGAGUAUGUCAUGGUUACGUGAAGAAUGAGAGAACGACUAUUUGCUAGCCACCUACAUGUCCAACUCCAAUAUCCACAUGUCCUUGAAAUUCCAAGUCGCGCUCCACGUCACUCCAA